AUGGCGAGCCUAAAAAUCCCUUUACCACUCUUUCUUGUGGUCUUUUAUACAGUCAUAGAUAAUUGUGCUUCAAUCUCUUCAGCAAUGCCUCCCAACUUUCUUGUGCCUUCUCCGGUUUCUCGCUCGAUAUCUGAACCCGUGACCACUUCUAAUUCUCAUCCAUCAGCUCCAAUUCUUACAGCUCAGGGGAUCAAAGCGGCUUAUUGGCCAUCGUUUACUGGAUUCCCCGCGUCAUCUAUUGACACGUUGUAUUUCACACAUAUUUACUACGCCUUCCUCUUACCUGAUCCGAAUACUUACAAACUUAAUAUUACACCAUUAGACCAAGAAAAGCUCAUUGAGUUCAUGGUGGCGCUCAAUGCCCUAAACCCACCCGUCAAAACUCUUGUAUCCAUCGGAGGAGGAGGUAAUGACCCGAAUGUGUUCUCUAAGAUGGUAAGUAGCGAAUCAACUCGUGCCAUUUUUAUUAAUUCCACAAUCGAAUUUGCUAGAAAAUACGGGUUUGAUGGUGUUGACCUUGAUUGGGAGUUCCCAGCAAAUGACCGAGACAUGUGA